AUGAGGAGCAGGGGGCGGAGCUGCACAGUUGACAGGGUGACAGGAGCAGGUGUCAAAAGCUGGACAGACAAGGCGCAACUCCAACAUUCUUCACUUCUGCAGCUGAGGCCGGAGAGACAAGACGUAUCCAGGAGAGAAGGUGGAGGUACUGCCCUACUCUCCUCCAGUUCCAAGAGAGAAGAGAAGCUUUCGUCGGCGCAGUGUCCUUCCUCUGUGAGUGGUCCUUCCUUGGUGUGUUUGCUGUGGUUCGCACGUCGUGUCCUGCGAGAUAGAUAUGGUGGCUGUGGUGGUCGGUGGCAUGCUGGUGUGUCUGCUGCUGCUGUUCAUGUUCGCCAGGGUGUGCUGUCAGUGGACAGACCUGAAGGAGAUGAGAAGGAAGUGGAGAUCUCCAGAAGCAGCCGUCUCCCGCUCCAGGACCUUUACACACUGUCUACUUACGCGCAGUGGGUGCCCACAAGACUUUCCCCUGAGCUGUUUCAAGCCUCCGUCCACCCGUACCUCCUCCCCAGCAUUCCCCUCCAUUCCGUCGUUGCCACGUCCAGUGCCAGGAAUGGCGUGGAGUGCCCCCGUCCAGCGCCCGUUUUCUCUGAGAGUGCCAGUGCCGGUCGCAAUCCCAAGUCUUCUGUCGCAUGGAACUGCAGGCUCGGCGCCGCAGUGCCCCUCGCUGCCCGGGGCCUCUCCACCAGGCCCCAUGUGCCGCCCUUGUUCCCGCCCACUGGAGCCACUCUGACGGAGAACAGUGUGACAAGGCUUGCUGACUUGCCCCUGGCUCCCGUCCACUGCCUGCCCCACAUGUGCACCUCAGAGGCACGCAAGGCCAGGACGAGGGCGUGGGUGCUCUCUCAAAUUGAGGUGCAGGUCGGAGAUGGAGAUGGAGCCUGCUGUGCGGCUGUGAGGCGUGUUGCUGUGAGGGACUGCAGCUGCUCAAGGAAUGGACCAAGGAGUGUGCACGGCUGCAGCCCCACCUACCCCAGCAGGAGACGGCGGUGCAGCUGCAGGAGGAGGAGGAGGUAGGGAAGGAAGCAGCAGAAGAGCAGAGGACAGCUAUGUAGAGAGGAUGGACCAAUAUAGCUGUGUGAUGGCUGUGGUGAGGUGUGGCUCUGAACGUGAAGGUUGUGUUGCUGUGUCUUGCUGCCCCAAUAAGCACAUCACUCACUCAGUGACUGACGUGUGCUUAACCGUUGACUGUGACGAUGUGUGUUCAUGUUAAGUUGAUAUAUUGUGUGUGUUGUCGAGAGUUUGCGGUUUGGUGUGCCUUGAUUGACGAGAACUGUGAUAGCAUUGCAGUGACUGUGCCUUCUGAUGCAUGUAUGUACGCUUUGCCCUCUGUGUGCCUUUGUAAUGCAAGUGUUGUUUUAUAGCAGUGUAAUGUUUUUAUCGGGUUUACCUAGUUGCAUUAGAUGUGGUUUUGAUUAUCGUAUGUAUAUUUAUUUCUAAUUUUGCGUGUAGAUAUUUCUUAUAUGUGUUUAUAAGUGACGUUUAUGUAGAUCUUUUCAGAGUUAUUGAUAACAGUGAAAGUUAGUCCGUGGGUUUUGAUGCGACCCAUGCAGUGUGAAUGAAUUGUUUCAGUUAUCAUGCACUGCGCUGUAAUAUUUAG